UUUUUUUCUUCAACCACGAACAUCUGCCAAAAAAGCAAACUUUGUUCGACAAAAAUUAGGGUUUCUAUAGAGGGAGAGCGAGUGCGGGAACUGAUUGUGGAGAAGGCCGGACAAGAAGUAGCCGUCUCCGGGAUUUCAUUUCGUCUCUGCCAAGGAGUGUCGGAGAAGUGUUGAUUCAGAUCCAAGAUAAGGAAGAAAGUUCAGAAAUGGCGUCGAGAGCUCAGGUUCUACCUCACCAGCGUGGAACUGCGGGAGAGACGAAGCCGACAAACGCUGUGGGAAAUGGAAAGAACAAUAGGAAGGUUCUUGGAGACAUUGGGAAUCUUGUGGUUGGUCGUGUCGUUCAGACCGGAAAGGAUCUGCAAAAGCCUAGAAACGAGGAAAUUAGAGAAAAUGGUGCUGUGACAAAGGCAUUAGCUUCACUGAAACUAAACCAACCCUCAAAACCCGAGGUUCUUGCCAUUAACACCGAUGAAAAUGAGAAAAGCUGCAAACCUGUUGGCAAAAGAACUCCCAAAAGAGGUACCAAGACAUUCAGUGCAACCCUCACAGCUCGAAGCAAGGCUGCAAACGGAAUGAAAAAGUGCAAGAAGGAUACCGUGAUUGACAUCGAUGCAGCGGAUACUGAUAAUGAAUUGGCUGCCGUGGAAUAUGUGGACGAUAUCUAUAUGUUCUACAAGAUGGCAGAAGUUGAGGGAAAAGUCAGAGACUACAUGGGAUCACAGCCUGAACUGAACACAAAGAUGAGAUCAAUACUUAUCGAUUGGUUGGUUGAAGUUCACAGAAAGUUCGAGCUCAUGCCUGAAACUCUCUAUCUCACCAUCAACCUCAUUGACCGGUUUCUUUCGGUAAAAGUUGUCCCGAGAAGGGAGCUUCAGUUGUUGGGCAUGAGCUCCAUGCUUAUAGCCUCCAAGUACGAAGAGAUUUGGGCACCAGAGGUCAAUGAUCUUGUCCUCAUCUCAGACAGUGCUUAUGUCAAGGAACAGGUUCUGGCCAUGGAGAAAUCAAUCUUAGGACAGCUCGAAUGGUACAUCACCGUCCCAACGCCUUAUGUCUUUCUUGCACGUUACGUUAAGGCCUCGGUUCCAUGUGACAAAGUGAUGGAGAAUUUGGUGUUUUACCUGGCCGAGCUUGGACUUGUCCAGUAUCCUUCCGUAGUCUUAUACCUUCCAUCAAUGUUGGCUGCAUCAGCCGUUUACGCGGCUCGAAGCAUUCUUGAUUGGAAACCAUUUUGGACCGAGACCUUGAAACAUCACACCGGUUACACAGAAGACGAGAUAUCGGACUGCGCCAAGAUGCUGGUGGAAUUGCAGGCUUCAGCUUCAGAAAGCAAGCUUAGAGCAGUCUACAAGAAAUUCUCUGUUCCUGGAAACUGUGCCGUUUCAUUACUCGUACCGGCUAAGGAUUCCUCGGUUUCUUGCUCGUGAAGAAACUAACCCUAGUUUGUCUCGGUGUUUUUUUUUUCCUUCUCUCUGAUCAUGUUUCCUGUAAUGAUCUUUUGAUGACAUCGUAGGACGAUGACCAUGUUCGGUUUCUUUUUCUUUUUUUAAUGUUUCUAGGUUUAUGUGAUAAUUAAUUCUCUCAAAAAUAGUUUGUUUCCUUGGAAACGAAGAAGCUUGAUUGUUUUGGAGUUUA